CAGCCAAAAACAUGGAGACUUUUAAGCUAUGUGUUCUACUAAGCCUGGCAGUCGCUGCUUGCUGCGUGCCGUUACCAAAGAUCACUUUGAAGGAUAAGAUUAUUGCAGAGAGCUACCUGAAGAAGUUCUUCAACCUUACAGAGGAGUCCGGUCCAACUAUCAGACGAGGGACCAGCCCCUUGGUAGAGAAGCUGAGAGAUAUGCAGAAAUUCUUUGGUCUACAGAUCACCGGGACUCUCGAUGAAGAGACCUUGACAAUGAUGAAGAAGCCUCGCUGUGGCGUCCCAGAUGGACAUAUUGGCGAAUUCUCCACCUUUGGAAACAGCCAUAAGUGGCGGAAAAACAGCCUCACCUACAGGAUAGAGAACCACACACCUGACAUGUCUGAGGCAGAGGUUGAUAUUUCCAUAGAGAAAGCUUUGCAGGUUUGGGCCAAUGAAACUCCUCUGAGAUUUACAAGAAUCUACAGUGGCAUCGCAGACAUCAUGAUCUCCUUUGGCGCUGGAUCACAUGGAGAUUAUUACCCCUUUGACGGCCCUGGAGGUACUCUGGCCCACGCCUUCCCCCCCGCCCCAGGCCUUGGAGGAGAUGCUCAUUUUGAUGAAGAUGAGGAAUUCACUUUCAGCUCAGAGUCAGGCUUCAACCUCUUUUUGGUGGCUGCUCAUGAGUUCGGUCACUCUCUGGGUUUGACUCACUCUGAUGAUCCUGGCGCUCUCAUGUACCCAGUGUACAUACAAAGAAACCCUGACACCUUUGUGCUGCCCCGUGACGAUGUCAAUGGAAUCCAGUCUCUCUAUAAGUCAAACCCUGACAAGGACCCUGCCAACCCCGGACCCGAGCCCCCUACCACCCCUGAUUCUUGUGAUUCUACCCUGGUUUUGGAUGCCGUUGCCACACUGCGAGGAGAGAUGAUCUUCUUCAAGGGCAGCUUCUUCUGGCGUAGCUACCCUCAGAGCGCCACACCUCAGCAGAGUCUCAUCACAAACUUCUGGUCCAGUGCUCCAAGCAACAUCGAUGCUGCUUACGAAAGCAGACAAUCUGACAGCGUCUUUCUCUUUAAAGGUCGUCAAAUGUGGGCUUUCAGCGGCUAUGAUCUUGUGAGCGGCUUUCCCAAGUCAAUUUCCAGCUUUGGUCUGCCCGAAAACGUGAAGAAAAUCGAUGCAGCCCUCUAUGAUGUUGCAUCAGGCAAGACUCUGUUCUUUGUCGGCAGCGAGUACUACAGUUAUGACGAGGAUAAACAAAGAAUGGACGCAGGAUUUCCCAAGAAUGUGGAUGAGAUCUUCAGCGGUCUGACCGGGAAGGUCACAGCAGCUUUCCAGUACAGAGGUUUCACUUACGUCUACAGUGGACCCUACAUGUUUGAGUACAGCCUGAGGUCCGGCAGGUUGUACCGUGUGCUGAGGAACAGCUACUUCCUGCGCUGCAACAAGUACUGAACCAGUUCAGCUAACGAGGUGUUUAUGUAGCCACUUUGAAUGACAAUGAAGGCACUGUAUUUGUAGGAUGUAAUAAUAUAUUUGAUGUUACUUACAGAUAUGUACUUUAUUUAUAUCCUUCCUAAGAACAGCACCUAAUAUUUUGUAAUGUUGUUUUUUGUGCCUUUAAGCUUUUUACCACUCAAAAUAAUAUAUAUAUAUACAUUUCUUAUUUAUCUUAUUUGCAGUCUUUUUCUUUGGCUAUUUGUUUUUCUGUGUAACUUGUGUGUCUAAUGGAGUUAAUCUGUUGAACACAUACAGUUAUUUAGCACUGUUACAAUUUAACAUGUCAAAUUGCACUGAUUUGAAGACCACUGUGACAAGACAGAUGAAUGUAUGCCCUUUGCCCCAUCAACUAUUAAUAAAAACUUGUUUCGAAAAUA